AUGUACAUAAUCCUUAACAUCAACAAAACAACAUCUUCAACAGUUUUGACAGCAACAAUGCACAUACCAAAUUCUACACUAGGGUCAAUAUCUGAUACUAAUACAGUAAAAAAUGCUUGGACACAAUCUUCAUGUAGUUAUAUAGCAAGUGCAUCUACAAAUGUUACAUUCAAGAUUAUUGUAGAAACAGAUAAUAAGGACCAAUGGAAUAUCGAUGAUAUUUCCGUCCUUGAUUCAUCAUCAGUUGAACUUUUAAUUAAUGGAAAUUUUGAAAGUAAUCCAUCAGAUACAGAUUGGAUAAUAAAUAAAAAUACUUGCUCAGCCACUGAGACUAAUUUUGAUACUACAUUAUCUCAUUCAGCAAAUCAUUCCUAUUUCAAUAAAUGCAAUGGUGAAUCUGUCAUAUUAUCACAAUCUUUUACUGUUACUAUUGGACACUCGUAUUCAAUCAGUUUAUGGUACUAUUAUCAGACUUAUGGUUCGGGUCGUGGUGCUAACAAUCCUGUAAGAAUAACUGGUAUGAUCGAAUAA